AUGAGUUCAAUUCCCGUUACAAUUCUUCUCCUUUCCUUGCUCCUUGUAGCAACCAUUAGUCUUGGCUUCAACUCUGGAAGCUUUACAGGAGGCCGUGGCUGCCGGAUUGAGAGAGAUGCACUUUUAAAGUUCAAGCAUGAUCUCAAAGACCCUUCAAACCGUCUUGCCUCUUGGGAUGGUGUUGGGGAUUGCUGUACAUGGCGGGAGUCAUUUGUGACAAUUGGUAAGAUCAAUCCUUCUCUGCUCAGCUUGAAGCAUAUGAGGUACUUGGACCUGAGCGACAAUGACUUCCAAGGAAUUCAAAUUCCCAAAUUCUUUGGCUCGAUGGGGAUCUUAAAACACCUUGACCUCUCUGAUGUUGGAUUUUCAGGUAUGAUUCCUCAUCAAUUAGGAAAUCUCUCAAAUCUUCAUUACCUUAAUCUCCAUGAUUAUAAUUCUCAGUUCAACGUUGAGAAUUUAAAUUGGCUUUCUGGACUUUCUUCACUAGAAUUUCUUGAUUUGAGUCUUGUGCCUCUUGGUAAGGUCCUUAAUUGGUUGGAGGUGAUAAGCACACUCCCUUCUUUGGUAGAAUUACAUUUAUCAUACUGCCAACUUCCUUAUGCUCCUUCAAUUCUCAACGUUAACUUUUCACCCCUUUCCAUCCUCGAUUUAUCAUCCAAUGAUAAAUAG